AUGCCGACCUUCCCCACAGGCAGACCGUUCUGUUUUGCCAACCUCCUCUUAAUCCUCCUCUUCCUCGGUUCCUCCGGCGUUCACGCGGCUUCUCUCAGAGAGCACAGACUGCGGGGAAGCGAAUCAGACUCCCAGAGAGAAAAUGUCCACCAGGCUCCUAAUGCUGACAUGCUCAAAGCUUUGGAGUACAUAGAGAGCCUCCGUCAAAGAACCAGCACAGACUCCCAGCAGCAUGCCCCUGUCGCUGCAGGCUAUGAUGGCAGCCACAUGGAUGAUGUGGAGAAGCUGCGUGCCAUGCUGAGACUGGCUUCUAACCCUAUGCAGAGCAAAGAUGAGGACGAGGAAGAGGAGGAGGGGAGGGAAGAUAAGAGUGAAGAGCUGCUCCAGGCUGUGCUCAGCACCCUCCAGCAGACAGAAAAGGCCUCCAAGCCAGCUUCACUUCGCCCCGGAAUCGAAGGAGCAGGCCUAAAUGACGGCAUGUACCCCAGGGUGCCGCAGAAGCAGCAUAGCAUCAGGCCUCACAAGAAGCUGCCGCUAAUGUUCGAGGAUGAGGAAGAGGGCGAGGGGGAUGAGGAAGAGGAUGAGGACCAGCCAGAUCUGGAGCACGAGAGCCCCUUCAAACGCACCAACGAGAACGUGGAGGAGAAGUAUACGCCUCAGAACCUGGCAACCCUGCAGUCUGUGUUCGACGAACUGGACAAGCUGACCACUGCGAAGACCGUGCAUAAACGGCAAGAUGAAGAGGAGGACGUGGAGGAUGAUGACGAGGAAGAAGAUGAUGAUAUGUUUAAUGUGAGGAACGUGGCGUACGACGGCGUGGGCGGGGAUCUCUCGGACUGGGGUCCGCUACAAGAACAAGAAGAGGAGGAGGAGGAGGAAGAGGAGGAGGAGAGGGACAACAAACAUGAGGCCAACCGAGGGCUUGAUUACGUUGAUGAUAAUGAUGAAGAAGCUGAUGAGGAUGAUGAAGAAGAAGAUGAUGAAAGCUACCCAGUUAAGAGGUCAAACGAUCCAGAUGAUGUUGCUAACCUGGUGGACUAUUACCUUCUGAAAGUGCUGGAGAAAACAGAGGAAGAAGAGCAGAAACGGGAGAUAGAGGAAGAGGAGAAAGAGAGGGCUGAGAGGAGAGUGGCUCAGACACAGUACAGGGAUAACAUAGAUCCACAGGCCAUCUACCAGCUCAUUCAGAUCUCCCAAAAAUAUCAGAUCCCACCUGAAGACCUGGUGGACAUGCUCAAAACCGGAGAAACGACGAAUCAAGACAAUACACGAAAGAGCAAAGGAUUAGAAAGAGCGGAGAACAGGCUCUCUCAGAUAUCCUCAAAGAAAACACACAAGAUUCCUGACGUGAAAUUCUACAACAGGCGCUUUCCUGAUCGACAAAAGACCCCAGAAGAGCUGAGGACAGAAGAGAUACUCAACAUCCUGGGGAUGGGGGGCGGUGAAGACCGAGCUCCUGUCAGGAAGCAGAAGCAGUACAAAAGCUCACUGUCACGACUUCACACUCAGUCUCUGGGGCGUUCGGGGGAAUCCGCUCCCACGCAACGGCGCCCUCCCAGCACAUUAAAGGACGACUAUGACGACACCGUGGACGAGGAUGAGCUGGCGGCGUAUUUAGCAGCUCAGAUGCUGGCGCGGUAUCCAAACCCCGUGUACAGCAACAACAACAAGGCGAGCCAAAAGCGGGAGGAAGUCGGACAGAGCGUGACGGGCUCUUUUGAACAGGCGAUUCAGGAUUAUUUUGAUCAAAUGGACUCGGACAAAAGCCCAAAUGAAAAGAGACAGUCUGAGGAUGAUGAGAGGGGCGGUGACACACAGAUGCAAGGCUUUGAUAAUGAGGCGGUGAUGAAACUACUGAGCUACCUGAACCCAGAAACUGAAGAGAGUGAUACUGAUGCCAAAACUGCCCAUGGAAUAUAA